AUGACUUCAGUUAUAGUGCUUGAAUCUAUAGCCACGACGGCGGCGGCGCUCACUCCUUCCGAAACCACGAUUGUCCGGCAGGCACCGUCUGCGGCCCAGCUAUCCUCGUCAUUCAUUGCCAGCUCUAGCGUCGACCCGGACACCGACCCAGACAACCCCAAUUACUAUCCUUUGACCACAAUAUUCAAAGCCGCCAGCACCUGCUUCUCGCCCAAGCCCACAGAUCUCGAAGGAUGUACUACCUUGGAGGGGGUGUCUGUUCGAUGUCGCAUGCAAGUCGCAGAGCAUUGCUUUCCUUCUGGCGGUUACACAAUCACUGCCACCAACAACGACGUCGAGCAGAUCACCUUCUUCCCAGGCGUACUACCAUAUGGAUUUAAAAGUUUCUACGAGUAUACCGGGGGAUCGAUCGGUCAGCCCCUUGCCGAAAGCAUCUCUCAUGCCGCUGGAUGUCCUGAUGGCUGGACCUGGAAAUAUAGCCCGUUCAUGUGCAACACAUAUCUCGCGGCGACCGGGGGUCAGGAUCUUGGGACUGCGGUUUCGAUACCCGCUUUGGUAGCACAUUGGAGAGGUAGAGAUCUCGCCACCUUCACGCCGGCCUCAGCUCCAGCACUGCCUUCAAGUGCCAUCAAUGCAUUUGCGGCGACGAUUCCAGCGGCUACACCGGCUUCCAGAUCCUCGCGUGCGUCCUCGACCUCGAGGAGUUCAGAUUCGUCGACGGCUUCCUCCACGCCAGACAGGAGCCGGCAGAAACAGCAGCAAGAAAUUAGCAGUGGCCUUUCCACCGGCGCCAAAGCCGGAAUCGGCGUCGGCACCGCCGUCGUCGCCCUCCUCAUCGCCGCCGCUUUCUGGAUGGUCCGUCGCAGGCGAGCCGGCAAGAGCUCAGUCCGGCGGGCAAGAAGUCAGCGGCCUUACGUCGAUGGCAAAGGCGAACUCGAAGGUGUUCCGGUGCACCGGCGGGUCGAAGAGCAGACUGAAAUGCCUGGCAAGGAGCUCUACGAAGCGGAUUCGCAUACUCGUGCACCGCCGGCGAGCGAGCCGCACGAAGCAGAUUCGCCUCCGCCCAUACCGUUCGCUAGUAAGCCAAGGUGGGAAUUGGAUGGCGGGUAUCGAGGGGAAGAGGUAGGGCCGCAAUCACCGUGUACUGCGAAGGGCCCGGGGGCUGUAUAG